UCGACCACAAGCCGGCCCAACCCAACGAAGGGAAAACGAUUCUCGCGGCGUCUGUUGCUUCCAUCGCCGAAGGAGAAGCAGCAGCAGCCGCAGAAGGAGGAACGAUGCUGGGGCUCGCCCGUGCGCCUCGCUUCCGCCCUCCGAUUCUACGAAUCCCGCCGCCUCCCCUCGUGACCGCCCGCCGCGACCUCGCGUUCCCAUCUCCCCCUUUCAAAGCCCCAACCUCGACCCGCGAGAACCCAUCGAGAUUCGCCGUUUCCGCCGACAACGGCAACGGCGGCGGCGACGGUCGGGAUCAAGAGUCGGAGGGCGUGGAGCGGCCAGAGAAAAGGUCCGACGGAGCGGCCGGCGACGAUGGCGACGGGGACGGCGACUUGAAGGGCGAGCGGCGGCGGCGGCCGCCCAUGUUCGAUCUGAGGCUGGGGGAUCUGCUGGACCGGGACCCGGACAACAUCCUGGCCGUGGGGCUGACGGGUCUGCUGACGUGGGCGAGCGUGCAGGUGCUGUGGCAGCUCUGCUUCGUCUCGGUGGCCAUCCUCGUGGCCGCCCUCAAGUACUCCUUCAUCGCCGCGCUUCUGAUUUUCAUUCUCGUCACGCUUCUGUGAAUUAGCGAGCGAAGCAAAACUGUGUAUAUGAUAUUUUUUUCUCUCGUUUGUAUUGAAAUCUCGAACCCCUGCUGAAGCGGGAGUCGAUCUCUGCUAGUUUCUCUGCGACGCUGCAAUGGGGAAUGGGGAAUGGGGAAUGGUCUGGAAGCUUAAUUAAUGAAGUUGAAUCGGCCAUUAAAGAUGGUCCGCAGUGGAAAAUGGGAAUGGUCUCCGUUUUAGUGAACCAGUAGUGAUGCUUGGGAUUGUUGUAGUGCUUGUAUGACAGGAUCAUUAUCACAGAGUGGAACUUUAGUGCUAUGGCUACAGGUCUUCUUACCUCCAUUAGUGAUCAGAGAUGCAGUUUCAAA